UCAUUAAGUUUCAUUUUACUCUUCUUAAUAGUAGUUUAAUCAGUUAAUGAAAGAUUCUUCAUGACUAUAUAUACAUGUAUACUUUCCCUGUUCUCUCUCUCUCUCUCUCCAUUGUAAGCAUCAUUGAAAAGGCCAGUUUUUUCCCUGUUACAUGAGCAGCAUUGCUUGAUAUGGGGUGCAAGACAUGUGAGAAGCCAAAAGCCAAUUACAGGAAGGGCUUAUGGUCACCAGAAGAGGACCAGAGGCUAAGGGAUUACAUUCUCCGAUACGGCCACGGCUGCUGGAGUUCGGUUCCUGCUAAAGCUGGCCUGCAGAGAAAUGGCAAGAGUUGCAGAUUGAGAUGGAUCAAUUACCUCAGGCCGGGGUUAAAGCGCGGCAUGCUCUCUCAAGCAGAGGAGGAAACUGUUAUUAACCUUCACGCGGCAUGGGGAAAUAAGUGGUCCCAGAUAGCAAGGCAUCUACCGGGCCGAACCGACAACGAAGUGAAGAACCACUGGAACUCGUACCUCAAGAAAAGAGUUCUAAAGACCGCCGAAGGGUCUAACUCUUGCUCAUCAUCAACCAAGUCCACGGACAUGGACAACAGCCACACGCAACUCGUUGAAGAAACCAAGAACCAGAUCGCGAAUUCGGAUUCUCCGGACCCAGUCGAGUCACGUACGUUGAGCUCGUGCCAAACCGUUUCACAGAGCACCGGACCCAACAGCUCGAAUGAGAAAUCUCAAGCACCGAUUCCUCGAAUUCUGUUCGCUGAUUGGGCCUAUACCGACCCUGCGAACGGCGAAAACGCACUGGGUGUAGAUGGAUCAAUGAACUACAAGUUGGAGCCCAGCUCAAGUUAUGAGUUUUACAGCAAUAUAACAGCAGGGGAUUUUGGUCAGGGAUUUGAAGAUUACGGCAUGUACAGGGGGUUCAAUUCGGAGUUGGAAACUGCUAGUCAAAUACAGGGAGGGGGGUUUUAUGAUCCUUCAUCUAUGAGUGAAGUGUUUGGUUGUAUUGGACCAAGCCAUGCAUGGUGAAAUUUAGUAAUAAUCUCAUCAAAUUAAGUCACUUUAGUAUUGAUUCAUGGUUGUGUGACAAUUGGUAUCAUUGAAACAACUUGUAAAUACUUAAUCAUACACAUUUCUUGUCCGCGGAACGGUUUGAGAAGAGCCAUAAGAGGAACUCAACCAAAUUGGUGAUGUUCAAAGUUAAGAGAAAUCUAGUCAAGUGCAAAGUUGCCAUUGUAAACUAAUAAAGGUAUAAAUAAAGGAAUUUGAGAUGCUUGGAGUGUGUUUUUAA